UCCGCCAUUUUCAUUCGGCGUGGUGGUGUUUUGGGUCCGUUUGUGGUGUAGUGUGGAAAGUGUGUAUUUCAUACUCAUGUGUAGUUGAACAUUGCGAUAGGAGCCCCCACUGGACCUUCCCUCACACAAUGAUGCCACCUACGGACGCGGCGCCGCAGACCAAGGUGUUUGUCGGCCGGCUGUCGUCGGCCACCAAGUCGCUCGACCUGCGCAAACUGUUCGAGCGCUAUGGCGAGGUCACCGAGUGUGACGUGCUCGGCACCUACGGCUUCGUGCACAUGAAGUCGGUGGACCAGGCCGAGACGGCCAUCCAGAAACUGAACGGCACAGACCUGCACGGCUCGCGCAUCAGCGUCGAGCCCUCCACCGGCCAGCGGGGCCGCGGCGGCGGCCGCGGCCGUGGCGGUGGACCGAUGCGCGGCCGCGGAAUGGGCGGCUUCCGCGGCCGCGGCUCGGACCGGUUCGAGCCAUACGGCCGCUCCUACCCGCCGGCUUCGGACGGCUAUGGCGGUGGCGGCUACGGAGGUGGAUAUGGCGGCGGCGGCGGCGGUGGUGGUGGCGGCGGCUACGGUGAUGGCUACAACGCCGGCUACAAUGGCUACGGUGGCGGCGGCGGCGGCGGCGGUGGUGGCGGCUACGGGAACGGGUACGCCAUGGACCGCCGGCCGCCACCAGUGCGCACCGCCGUCGGCGGCUACUACGACGACUACGAGCGGCGCGACCCGUACGCCCGCUCACCGGCGCCGGCGCCCGCUCCGGCGCCGCGGCCAGCGCCCUACGACGGCUACGACCGGCGGCCGCCGCCGCGCGACCCGUACGCCGGCGCCGGCUACGACGCGCGCGGCGCGCCCGGCGGCUACGAGCGCCGCGACGACUACGGCGACGCUUACGGCCGGCGCUCUCCGCCGCGCUACCAGGCCGAGCCGGCGCCCAGCCGCGGCUACGACGGCUACGACCGGUACGCGGCGGCGCCGGCGCCGCGCGGAGCCAGCCCUCCCAGACGGAGCCUGCACUACCUGACGUGAUCGGCCGACUGCCGACGAUAACGGCCGCCCACGCCGCGUCGGGCGGCCACGCUGUGACUGAUACUCGGGGAGGGAGCCGCGGCAGCCGCCGGAGUCGCCGCAAUCGGCCCGCCCGCCUUCCCGGCCCACUAAUGUGUGUUUGUGCAUCCCGCGACAGAAAUCGAUGUUCAUCGUCAUUUGGGUGUGGUUUUUACUUUUUAGUGCGCGUGACGAGCGGUGUGCGCCGUGAAUUCGGGUCCCGGCAAUACAAAGUGUCGCCUGCCGGUGGCCGUAAGCGGGGGUCGGUCGCUGAGGGUGGGGGAGGGAAGGAAGGGGCUGUGUAUGUGUGUGAGAGCUGUGUCGGCGCGGCUGUGCGGCCGGCCAACCAUUCCCAUCGGCCGGGCGCGAGCUGUUCGUUCUGUCUGCGGCGCUGGUACUCGGCGGGCUCCGGCGCCGCCCCAAAUACAGAGCCCAUUCAUCGCUGUUGGCCCGUGUGUUUGCUGCGAGGGGCGGUAGCCGGGGCGACUGCGGAGUCCACCUCCCCGGCGGGAGUCCGGCACUGGUGGCAGAGCGGCGGGGACAGACGGCGUGUCGUGGGUCGGCUGACGGGGCGUCUCAUUUGACCUGGAGCUCUCUGCGCAGUGCUGGUCUCAAUCGAACUAGAUCUCGGUAAUAUUGCAGGGCGCUGCUGCUUUUUACUCGUCUAUGGACGAUAUUUUAGUUUUUUGUAUGCUUUUUUGCUUUGAAAUGGUUAAUUGGCGAGACGCGGAAAACUGUUUCAUUAGCGAUGUCUUUGGUAGUAAUGUUACCAAAUGUGAUGACCGAAUCUGAAACAACGUAGUAGUAAGACGAUCUCGCAGCGAUAUACUCAGUACGCGAAGAUAACGCUGUAUGCGCCGUACCGUCCAGAGUAAUUAGAGGCUCAGAAGGCGCUGGACAGAGGUCUCAGCCGCCUCUGAUGCCGGGUGCAGUACUGAGGAGAGACUGUCCUUGCUGAGAGUUUGCGCAUUGCUCAUUGGUUUUCGAUGCCCAUUACAUCUCUUCCCAUCUCUGUCUGGGUUAAUUUAUGUUCCGUCGCGGCCGUAUAACGCCCUGUUGGCUGAUGUGCGAGGGCGAGUGUAUAUCGGACUGUAUCGUGGUUCCUGUCCAGGCCAGCGCCAAACUGUAAGGGAACACGACCGUUUGAAUGAAAGGCUCGUAUUUUGGAGCCAACGGGCGCGACACGGUGUUAUGCAUGGUGGGGCAGCGAGGCCUACGUCAUUUGGGCAUUGUUAUCCUCAGUCUCCAAAUUUUACGUGGAGGUACAUUACCAUAUGUUGUAUUCAUGAAAAAUACAUUUUUUGUGUAGUUGUAA